AUGUAUUUCCGCAGCCUUUUCUUGUCCCUUUUCGUGGUCUUUGCCGUGGGCUUCGCCCUGGUUCAGGCUGAAGAUUCUAAGGAGCCUCGCGGCCCUAAGAUCACUAGCAAGGUCUACUUUGACAUUCAGCAUGGAGAAGAGUCUCUUGGUCGCAUCGUGAUGGGCUUGUACGGCAAGACUGUUCCUGAGACCGCUGAGAACUUCCGCGCUCUGGCUACCGGCGAGAAGGGCUUUGGUUACCAGGACUCUACCUUCCAUCGUGUGAUCAAGGACUUUAUGAUCCAGGGUGGUGACUUCACCAAGGGCGACGGCACUGGCGGCAAGUCGAUCUACGGCAACAAGUUCAAGGAUGAGAACUUCAAGCUGCGCCAUACCAAGAAGGGUCAACUGAGCAUGGCCAACGCUGGCAAGGACACCAACGGCUCUCAGUUCUUCAUCACCACCGCUAUUACCUCAUGGCUUGAUGGCCGCCACGUCGUCUUCGGCGAGGUCCUAGAGGGCUACGACAUUGUUGACAAGAUCCAGAACGUUCCCAAGAACCCCGGUGACAAGCCCAAGGAGGCGGUCAAGAUCGUCAAGAGCGGUGAGCUCGAGUUGGAGGCCGGAACCGAGGACGAAGAACUCGACCAAGAAUCGGCUUUUACCAAUGAGGUCCCCGAGACCGUCACGCCAUCUCACUCGUUGCAGCCCUUCGUAAUUUUCUUCGUCCUCGUUGGCGCCGUUGGUAUUUGGAUUUCCCGUCGACGUGGCCAGCAGCAGCAACAAGAGGAAAAAGAGUACGAUGCUUAA